CGUGUGUUCCCCGCCAAGUGCACAAUGGGCAAAUCCGAUUGUCAGCCCAAAUUUUGGCCGCUGGGAGGUCCUCUCCAUCGAGCUUCAAUGUUUUCGGCACAACGUCACAUUAUUGGGUAGCUAUCUCGUCGUACACUCUCAGAGUCUCAAAGGAUUCCAACGUUAGUCUGAGGCUGGGAAAAUGCCACCCCGCCUCACGCAGACCAGGAGUUACGUUUCCAACUGCCCUGGCCUCGUCUGGCGCCUUGGGCUGCCUAGGGCACACGGUUUUCGGGGUCGAAUCUUCAUUAUUCAAUCAUCUCAUUGAUAUAUACCACCCGUUUAGGUUCAAACAAUGUAAUUGA